UGCUUGUUUUCGUUAUUUAAAAGUCUUUUGAUAACUCCUUUUAUGCAAUAGUGUUAGACUUUGGGGAAUAUUCUCAGAAUGUGGGAAGCACCUCCUGACCUAGUUAGGAUCCCUUCUCUUCCAAGACUUCUGGAACAGCCAGACCCUUAGGCAUAAUUGAAUCCUGGGGAAGAAUUUUACGGAAAUGCAGCCACAGCUCUGGGAGUCCGGCGCCAAGCUGUUUCUGAAGCCAAGCGUGGAAGAAUGGGGUUCCUUUGGACCGGCACUUGGAUUCUGGUGUUGGUGCUUCAAAGCAGCCCAAUUCAAGCUUUUCCCAAGCCGGGAGGCAGUCAAGAAAAACCCCUACAUAAUAGAGAAUUAAGUGCAGAAAGACCUUUGAAUGAACAGAUUGCUGAAGCAGAAGCAGACAAGAUUAAAAAAACAUACCCUCCAGAAAACAAGCCAGGUGAAAGCAAUUAUUCCUUUGUUGAUAACUUGAACCUGCUAAAGGCAAUAACAGAAAAGGAAAAAACUGAGAAAGAAAGACAAUCCAUUAGAAGCUCCCCAUAUGAUAAUAAAUUAAAUGUGGAAGAUGCUGAUUCAACCAAGAAUCGAAGACUGAUUGAUGAUUAUGAUUCUACUAAGAGUGGACUGAACCAUAAAUUUCAAGAUGAUCCAGAUGGCCUUCAUCAACUAGAUGGAACUCCUUUAACUGCUGAAGACAUCGUCCAGAAAAUUGCUACCAGGAUUUAUGAGGAAAAUGACAGAGGAGUAUUUGAUAAGAUUGUUUCUAAACUGCUGAAUCUUGGCCUUAUCACAGAAAGUCAGGCACACACACUAGAAGAUGAAGUAGCAGAGGUUUUACAGAAAUUGAUCUCAAAGGAAGCCAACACUUAUGAGGAGGAACCCAAUAAACCAACAAGCGUGACUGAAAGUCAGGCUGGAAAAAUACCAGAGAAAGUGACUCCAAUGGCAACAAUUCAAGAUGGUUUUACUAAUGGACAAAAUGAUGAAACAGUAUCUAAUACCUUAACCUUGACAAAUGGCUUGGAAAGGAGAACUAAAAUCUACAAUGAAGACAACUUUGAGGAACUCCAGUAUUUCCCAAACUUCUAUGCACUACUGAAAAGUAUUGAUUCAGAAAAAGAGGCAAAAGAGAAAGAAACACUGAUUACUAUCAUGAAGACAUUGAUUGACUUUGUGAAGAUGAUGGUAAAGUAUGGCACAAUAUCUCCAGAAGAAGGUGUUUCCUAUCUUGAAAACUUGGAUGAAACUAUUGCUCUUCAGACCAAGAACAAGCUAGAAAAAAAUGUCACUGACAAUAAAAGCAAACCUUUCCCAGCACCAUCAGAAAAGAGUCAUGAAGAAACAGAUAGCACCAAGGAAGAAGCAGCUAAGAUGGAAAAAGAAUAUGGAACAUUGAAAGAUUCCACGAAAGAUGAUAACCCAAGAGGAAAGACAGAGGAGCCAAAAGGGAAAACAGAAGCCUAUUUGGAAGCCAUCAGAAAAAAUAUUGAAUGGUUGAAGAAACACAACAAAAAAGGAAAUAAAGAAGAUUAUGACCUUUCAAAGAUGAGGGACUUCAUCAACCAACAAGCUGAUGCUUAUGUGGAGAAAGGCAUCCUUGAUGAAGAAGAAGCCGAUGCCAUCAAGCGUAUCUACAGCAGCCUGUAAAAGUGGCGGAAGAUCUGGGAGUCUUUAGACUAUCCCAGCAAACGUAGCUUAAAACACUUCUAAUUCUGUCAUUAAAGAUAUUUGACCCAAGGAUUAUUAGAAAGUGAUGAAAUUGCAGUAGUUAACCUUUUAGAAGUGGUUCAACAUAGCUUUCUUGCCAUAAAAACUGUCUGAAAAGUAAAGAUGUAUAUAAGCUG